CCCGAACCCGGUGGCGCGGCGCGGGGAGGCAGCAGCUGAGACAGCACCAGGUCAGAGCCUCUGCAUCGCGCCCAGUCUGCCCUCCGGCGCCAGGACUGCUGAGGAUGGAGGAUUCCCGGGAGACCUCGCCAUCCUCCACCAACUCCUCGGAAGAGCUCAGCUCUGCCCUGCAGCUGUCCAAGGGCAUGUCCAUCUUCCUCGACAUUCUGAGGAGAGCAGACAAAAAUGACGAUGGGAAAUUGUCCUUUGAGGAAUUUAAAGCAUAUUUUGCAGAUGGAGUUCUCAGUGGAGAAGAACUACAUGAGCUCUUCCACACCAUUGACACACACAAUACCAACAAUCUCGACACAGAAGAACUAUGCGAAUAUUUUUCUCAGCACUUGGGUGAAUAUGAGAAUGUACUGGCUGCACUUGAAGACCUGAAUCUCUCCAUCCUGAAGGCAAUGGGCAAGACAAAGAAAGACUACCAAGAAGCUUCCAAUUUGGAACAAUUUGUCACUCGAUUUUUGUUGAAGGAGACCUUGAAUCAGUUGCAGUCUCUCCAGAACUCUCUGGAAUGUGCCAUGGAAACCACUGAAGAGCAAACCCGUCAAGAAAGGCAAGGACCAUCCAAGCCUGAAGUCCUGUCCAUUCAAUGGCCUGGAAAGCGAUCCAGUCGCCGAGUCCAGAGACACAACAGUUUCUCCCCCAACAGCCCGCAGUUCAAUGUCAGCAGUCCAGCAUUGUUAGAAGAAGACAACCAGUGGAUGACCCAGAUAAACAGACUCCAGAAAUUAAUUGAUAGACUGGAAAAGAAGGAUCUGAAACUUGAACCUCUGGAAGAAGAAAUUAUUGAAGAGAACACUAAACCUCACAUCAUGCUUGUGCAGCGCCAGAUGUCUGUGACAGAAGAAGAUCUGGAAGAAUUCCAGCUUGCUCUGAAGCACUAUGUGGAGAGUGCUUCAGCUCAAAGUGGAUGCCUGCGUAUCUCUAUACAGAAGCUUUCAAAUGAAUCUCGCUACAUGAUUUAUGAAUUCUGGGAAAAUAGCAGUGUGUGGAACCGCCACCUCCAGACGAAUUACAGCAAGACGUUCCAAAGAAGCAACGUGGAUUUCUUGGAAACUCCAGAGCUCACAUCUACUAUGCUAGUCCCUGCUUCAUGGUGGAUCCUGAACAACAAUUAGAUGUCCCUACACAAUGUCUUUAUUGUUCCAAGUGUAUGUGUUCUUAUCUGAAAUGUCAACUGCAAAGUUCUCUGUGGUUGUCAACCAGCUGCACACUUUUGUUCACUGUGUUGUUAGCACACUCUUCUAAAGUGUCUUCUGUAACUAUUUUCAGUUGUUACUCUUGAUAUUUGAUGGGAAUUGAUCUGCUACAUUGUAAUCAAUCAUUAUAGCAAAACCCAAAUAUAUGAAAAUGGUAUAUAAAUAAAGUAAAAAAGUGUGAUAAUUGUGGUAAAAAUGCUAAGUGAGAACUUCUAAAGCAUAGGCCAGGGUUUGUAAACUGGCAUAUGCUCUAUAGCAGUGGUUCUCAACUUUCUGAUUGCUGCGGCCCUUUAAUACUUUUCUCAUAUUGUGAUGACCCUAACCAUAAAAUUAUUUCAUUGCUACUUCAUAACUGUGAUUUUGCUAGUUAUGAAUCAUAAUGUAAAUAUCUGAUAUGCAGAAUAUCUGAUAUGCAAAGAAGUCACAACCCUCACAUUGAAACCCACUGCUCUAAAUGAGUAAAUCUGUGCUUUGUGACCUUUUUCAGUGACACAUUUUUCUGUGAGAGAAACAUUCUUUUUCCAUAUGGUCCUCCAACUAUUCGCUAUUAACAUAAAUGCAUAAAACAGCCUAGGUUAUAGCCUGUAGAAGCUCUGUCUAUGUCUCAUGUUGUAAACUGGUAUUUUAUAAGUAUUAUAAUUCUCAUAUAUAAGCUAGGCAGUACUGAGCAAAGAGGAGAGCUUUACUUUGGGGAAAUAAAAGUUUAUGGCAGAAUGCUUUGGUAUGUGACCCAUAUAAAUAACUAUUCUUAUAAAAAAUGAGCACUUGAAUUUAAGUGAAGGUUUUUAGAUUCAGUACUUUAAAUAGAAGUAGAACUUCAACUCAAAUGAAUAAAGAAAUUAAAACAAGCACAAAAGUUUACAACUGAAUUCACCUAUUUUGUAAACUUUCCGAAGGCAACUACGAUAAACUAUCCACCUUAUCUACUCCUCCCUAGAGGCUCUGCUUAUAGACGCUGCUACAGAACUACACAUACAACUACUCUCAUGUUAUGCUCUCAUACAAAUGCCUAUAAAACUCUUAAUGGAAAAUAUAUGUACAAUAUUAUGGUUUUUUAACAGGUAGAAUACCUAGGGAAAUAGAGAGCUUGAAUGAAAAUUUCAUUUCGUAACUAUGAGAUGAGAAUACCAUCUCAGUACUGUAUGGAAUAGUUUUGUAUAUUCAGUCCUCAUAAAUCGAUAUAAAAUCUCAUAGCUGUUAGACACUAGCAACUUCCACGCGCACACAUGCACUGUAGUAGGAUCUUAAGGGGACAAGCAGUAUGAAGACGUGCUUGUCUCAGCUCUUCUGUUACAGGUGUGCAGGACAAGACGUCGCUGGAGUUAUCUGAUGGCUACUGAGACCUCCUGUCCACUGUGGGAAAGGGAAGGGGACAGCAAAGUUCUCCUAAUGCAGAAGGGACCUACUGCUGUCUCUGGGAUAAGCUCUGAGACAAAAUGCAGGGGACUGUAAUUACAUAUGCUUCUGGAAAAUCCUGGGAUAAAUGUUUUCACAAUACAGAUUACAACCCAUCGCAAUGCUGUCUUUCUUAACUGGUUCACUUCAUAUCGAACCCCAAAAUUCUAUCAAGUGUUUUGUACACUAGGUAGUUUUUCAAAGUAGGAGUUAGUCUACUGAAAAGUAGAGUCGUCUAACUGAAAAGGGGCUCUGACCAGAAACAGAGUUUGGAGAAAGGCCCUCUGGUUACAAAUUUGAAUGAGGUUUGUAAAUAUAUUAAACUAGAAUCAAAAGGACCUGAGAAAAAAAAGCAAAUAAACUUGUUAAACUCUGCUAAUUCUGAUCUCAGACAUUAUGCAAAUAGGUAUGUUUUAAGUGUGUGUGUGAUUAGGUAUGAAAAUUCAUACAAUACUGGAUCCUAUGACCAAAAGGAAAAUAGUAGGGACAACACACACACACACACACACACACACACAAUCACACAACAAUAGCGCUAUAGAAUAUCUCAUUUUCAAACAAACAAUAAAUUUAUGAUUAACGAAGGGGUAUUUUUCCCUAUUAAAAAAUGAUCCUUUCUCUGAGGAUCCAAGUAAUGAACAAGAAUCUACUGAAAGGCCAAGCUGGGACAUCUACUAUGGACUAAAUGUUAAAAUCUGGACAAGCACCCCCAAAACAGCAGACAAGAGGCACUGGUUUUAGAACUUCACAUUCAUGAAGAGAUGAUAUUGCUGAGGAACAGUGGCCUUGAAUGACUUUCCCAUGAUCCCAGGACACAGGAGUAGAAGUAGUGAACUUAUAUUUACUUACCUUUCUGUCUGCAGUGUUUCUGACACAUUAUAUGAAGUUUAUUGCAUUAAAUCCCUAGGAAUUAAAAGCUUAAGCCUCCAGAUUCUCUAUGAGGAAUGACAGAAUCAAAACUUAAUUUGCCUCAAUUAUUUGCAGCCUGAAUUUUUCCUCUUUUGGAGUCAAUUUCAAUUUUAUUUCCCCACCGUGUGACUCUUGAUCUUAUAAUCUGAUGAAGAACAUUAAGCAUCAUCUUCCUUCAAAAGUACCUUUCAAUUAAGUACCUUUCAGUUAAGUACCUUUUCAAUUAAGUACCUUUUCAAACCGUUCACCACUGCUAGGAGGUGUGACCCUAAGGCCAUAUUGUUAUUAAGAACCCAGUGAAUCAAUCACGUUUCUGAAAGUCUCCCCUACCCCUGCCAUUGACAACUAUGCUUUGCCAUGUGCUGAUGUACAAUCAGUGGAGAAAAGACCAAGUGACUGAUGUUAAGGGCAACAAAAAUUCUGUACCAUAUAUACAUCAUAGCAAAUAUUUUAUAUUUGAGAAUCUUUACAGCUUACAUUUCCAUUCCAUUAUUACAAGUGGUGAAAAACAAGAAUUGCAAGUAGCAUGCAAAUAUAAUACAGUCUUCCCACUUCGCCAACAACAUCCCCACUUUCGAGUGUUACUUCCCAAUUUUUGCAGGAACUGCCUGCAAAGUUGAAACUGAUUAGAAAAAUUCUUUAUACUUUAAAAUAUCUCUUUCUCCUUUUAUGAGAAGCCAAAUAGCCAACCAUCAAAAGUAAAAAUAAAUUGAAUCGUCACAGUCCAUUAGUUAUUGUUACUAGAUCCACUUCAUUUGCAGGUGUCCAAAAUAUAAAAUGAAUAAUUCUUUAUCUUCAAAUUCAUCUGUUCUUAAAAUGCUACUUAAAACUUUGGUUGUUUUCCUGUAAUAUAGAAGAAAGACAAUUUAUCAAUUAGACUACAGUUUUUACAACUUAGCUUAUUCAACCAAAUGCUAUUAAUCUACUUCUAUCUAAAUGCAUGUUACUAUAGAAACUAUUAAAGUUACUGGAACUAUCAAAUACAUUGGUGUUUCAGUAAACCUGUGUAGUCCAUUCUUAAAAAUAGUAAAUUGUAUUCCAAGUCUGGUGUUCUGUUCCUGUGGUGCCUAGUUUUAUAAAUGUUGUUAAUGUAUAAAGCAAAAGUAAGCAAUUCUAAUGUAUGUUUACUCAAAAGAAGUUUGUCAAGCUUUUAUUAGCAAAAUAAAGUGUUAAUGAAUUAUUUAAGCCUGAAAUAAAAAGUGAUUGUGUUUUAUGUAUAA